UCGAGUUCCAUCCCAGAUCCUGGAACUGGUGGGGCUUUGGCUGAACCAAAACAAAAACAGCUCAGCCAGCCGAGCUGUCAGUGAAAACCUGAACUCUGUGGCAGCUCUCUCAUCAUGCUCCUGAAAUCAUGUUGCAUUUACAGUACGGGAGUACUUUCUAUACUAAUGCUAAUCUUUGGCAUUUCUUUGGUUUUGUCUACCGUGUUUACACGUUUUGUGCAGUCGAUGGUUAAAAGGGAAGUAGUUUUGAGAAAUGGAACAGAUGCGUUUGAGGCCUGGGCUGAUCCACCGGCUCCUAUCUACAUGCAGUUUUACUUCUUCAAUCUGACAAAUCCCUCAGAGGCGCUGGCUGGGGAGAGGCCUGCUGUGUUGGAGAUUGGACCAUACACAUAUCUAGAGCACCGGCCCAUGGAGCAAAUAACAUUUGAGGAUAACAGCACUAGAGUAGCAGCUGUCAACACUAAAACCUACAUUUUUCAGCGCGGCAUGUCCCGGGGCCCUGAGAGCGAUCUCAUCAGGACAGUCAACAUCCCUGCCAUGACGGUUAUGGAGAAAUUUAAGGAUUUCCCUGUUGAAGCCAACAUUAUCUCAGCCUACAUGAGGUCUACCGGUGAAGGCCUGUUCAGCACCCACACAGUACGAGAGCUGCUGUGGGGAUAUGAAGACCCUCUGCUCAAAGCCCUCAAAUUAGUCAGACCUGAGCUAGAUGACGUUUUUGGACUCUUCUAUAAGAGCAAUGCUUCAAAUGAUGGAGAAUAUGUGUUCUUCACUGGCCAGCAGAAUUACAAAGAUUUUUCUAGAGUGGCAACAUGGAACGAUCAAAGCUCUCUGAACUGGUGGACAUCUGAUGAGUGUAAUAUGAUCAAUGGAACCAAUGGAGCAUCUUUUCAUCCACUCAUCUCCAAGAAUGAAGAGCUGUACAUAUUUUCUUCUGACCUGUGCAGGUCUUUGUAUGCUGUGUAUGAGGACGACGUGACAGUGAAUGGGAUCCCUGGCUAUCGAUUCAUUCUUCCAGAUGAGGUGUUUGCCAAUCUGACUGUGAACCCAGCCAAUAAGGGCUAUUGUGUACCUGCGGGUAACUGCCUCGGCUCUGGCCUGCUUAACGUCAGUGCAUGUAAACAAGGAGCGCCCAUCAUUAUGUCCUCGCCACACUUCUACCAGGCAGAUGAGAAAUUCGUUCAGGAUGUAUUUGGGAUGAAUCCUAAAAAGGAGCUGCAUGAGACUAACAUUGACAUCAACCCGCUAACGGGGAUUGUCCUCCGUGCAGCCAAGCGCGUCCAGAUUAAUGUCUAUGUAGAGAAAAUCAAGACUUUCAGUCAAACAGGAAAUGUGAGGACAGUGGUCUUGCCUGUGGUUUAUCUCAAUGAGAGUGUUGUCAUUGAUGACACGUCAGCAAAGAAGCUGCGUGUGAUUGUUGCUCAGAAGAAUGUUGUGGAGAACAUCCCGUUCAUGCUGAUUGGUCUGGGAAUAUUUCUCGGAGGGAUCUUUAUGUUCCUCAUGUGUCGACAGAAAGUCCCAGAGAGCACCACUGCUGAGCGACAGCCCCUGCUGUCAUCAUAGCACCAAACUGAAUGUGCAAGAAGGAGAUCUGUCACAUUUACCAUCUUGUUAUUUCAAGGCUUCACUCGAUCUAACAGUUGUACCGCCGACUCAAAGUAACCACUCAUAACUGGCAUGCCACCUUUUAAUCUGUUUUUAACCUUUUGAAACAAAGUGAGCAGGACUGUUUUCAGUAUUUGAAAAAAAAGCACUAGCGUUACUGUCUUCAUUCAAAGUUGUAAUGAUGCUAAAAUAUUUUUAUGUGUGUGUUUUUUGUUUUUUUUAUAAGAUAUGGCACCAUUUUUGAGCAGCGGCAUACUCUACAUUUCCGUUUGUGCACGGACGUGUGUGGAGGUCUAUAAGGAAACUGUGUGAAGCUACUGCAAUAGUUUAAAUACUCAAGUUUGUUUUUAAAAAUAAGAAACUACGUUCCAUUUUUUUGUAUUGACUAAAAUAUAAUGUCAGACUAAUCACUAACAUAAUAUUUUAUUUUUAAUCAGCCUUAAAUGUGUUUUUGGCAAAGGAAGAAAACCCCAAAAACAAAUAACUCUGAUUUAUUGAUCGUUUGGAAUCGUGUCAGAAUCAGUAUCUUGUGCUCAAAAGGAGAAAUAGUAUGGAUCAGUUUAAUUUGUUGUUAAAGGAGCAUGAGGCUCCUUUUAAGAAAUGAGACUCAUUAGCGCCACCCUUCGCCACGACGACCGUCGGGGGUACUGCAGCCAACAGUGAAGCCGGCCCGGGAGAACGGGGAGAACGCACAUGCAGCGUCAUGUGACGUCACAUCCGCAGGACAGCGCGGGAAAUUCGGCCCCACAAUUGCAGCACAUUUUGCAGCACACAGCCUGUUCAAGGCAACAGAGAGAUACGCUAGAGGGCUCAUUCUUUUUGGUUUGGAACGCUUCAUCUGACAUUAUUACUAGAAAACUUAAAACGUAUACAAAUUUUUUUCAUAAAUCCUGCCUCAAUCCUGCCUAAUGCGCCUUUAAUCUGUUGUAGCAAAGCCCAAUAAUCUACUUUACCUGGAGGAAAAGUUAGUUAAUAUUAAUUUAAAAGGAUAAAGGGAAGUUUUUAGCCUGCCGUGACUGUCUGUGACAUGUUGUACAUGGAAAUAUUUGUUUUCCGCUCCAGGAGUCAGUAUUUUGUUCUGAUUCUUGCUGAUUUUGUGAAAAUAUGAUUUAUCAUAUUGACAUGAAUUUUAAGUACUUGUUUUUGUAGGAUUGAUUUCUACAGGAGUUGUAAGAGUGAAUGUUUGAGAUGAAAUCUUUAUUGGUUUGUUGGACUGUUCGUGUUUACAGAAGAUUGCUCAUUUAUGAAGUAAUAUGAACUUGUCCAGCAUUGCACAGAAUAUAACUCUCAUCAGGCGUUUUUUUUUUAAUAGGAGUUUUCAUGUUAAAUCGCUGAUGUCUUGUGCUUAUUUUGUUUGUUUGUUUGUGAUGUACGUGUAAAAGGUAACAUUGGUUACAUUACCCCUCUCUAGGAAAAUAUGUACUUAACAUGUAAUCACAGAUUAAAUACUCAACAGGUCAGCCAUGCUUCACAUAAUUAGCACCUUUUAUUGUCAUUUGUUCUAACUUACUAAUAAACUAUGUGUGAUAAUGCCA